AUGGCCUCACGGGUGACCUACUUUCUGUCGCUGACCCUGCUGCUGGGUGAGUUGAUGAUCCUGGGGAGGAUAGGGGCUGGACUCCAAGGUUUGGAACAUUUCCAAAUGUCGCCUAAGAAGGUGAUCACCCAACUUGGCGAGAAGGUGGAGCUUUCAUGCCAAGUGCUGUUGACCACUUCGCAAGGAUGCUCUUGGCUCUUCCAGAAGGAGGGCUCCGGAAUUAAACCCACCUUCCUCGUCUAUGUCUCUUCGACCCGGGAAAAACGCAACGAGGACCUACAUUCAAUUAAGUUCUCUGGCAAGAAGAAUGGCGACAAGUACACCCUCACCCUGGAGAAUUUCCGCAAGGAAUCCGAAGGCUACUAUUUCUGCUCUGUCACAGGAAACUCGGUGGUGCACUUCAGUCCUCUCGUGCCAGUCUUUCUGCCAGGUCUGGGCACAGAGCCCACCACGCCAGUGCCGCGACUGCCCACACCAGUGCCCACUACUGGGACAUCCCGGUUUGUGCGACCAGAAGCUUGCCGACCCGGGGCGGUAGAGAAGAGGGGAUUGGACUUCGACUGUAAUAUCUUCAUCUGGGCACCCUUAGCCGGAAUCUGCGGGGUCCUUCUGCUGUCCCUGGUCAUCACUCUCAUCUGCUACCACAGAAACCGACGUCGUGUUUGCAAAUGUCCCAGGCCCCUGGUCAGACAAGGAGGCAAGCCCAGCCCUUCAGAGAAAUUUGUGUAA